CAUCACCACUCGCCAUUUCGCCCGAUUUUCUGCUCAUCUCCUGAACUGCAUUGCACCAACCAACCAAACUCUCUCCCCCAUCUCUCAUUCGAACUCCAUUCUCGUUUCUCCCAAAGCAGCGAGCUUUGCCGCGAUCCAUCGUCCGUAUCGGCAUUUCUUGGCCCGUGUGCACGCUCCUCCAUCCUCGCCCUUGCUAGCUGCGAAUGCCCCCGCUCCUGCUCGGUUUUCGCUGUCCUCCCUCUACUUCUUUGCCAACGCCUUAGGUGGCGCGUCUCGUCCUACUUAGCUCCCAAGAGACCAUCUCCGUCGCGUCUCUUUAUCCUUGAUCCUCGCUGUACGCCUGUACCGUACUGCACCCUCCGUGCCCUGUCCUCUCUCAUCCUCGUGCUCCUGUCGAUACAUGGUCCAGCUUCUCCUUACGCGGCGGCGGCGCGCCUUCUCGGUCAGUUCAGUGCUAGCCAUUCUUCCACUUCCAGGACAUGUGCUUUUCUCAUAAAGCGUAGUGCCCUGUGUGUGCCUUGGGCCGGAGCAAGGAAUAUCUCCCAGUUCUUGAUCACGGGAAGGUAUCUUGGAACGAUUCGAUGCUUCAGAAAGUUUCAGCGUGAAGAUCUUUACGCGACAAUCUGCGAAAGCUUCGGCCGGUAAUUUCAUUGGCCUUGAGCGGAAGUGGAAAACGGAGGGUUCAAUAUGUUCAACAUAGUUUCAUCUUGGAACAAGAGGAGGAGAAGCAGAUCGCUUGAUCAGCUAAAUCCCUGGGUGUACAAGCCAGCUGGGCUAUGGCAGGCGAAGGAGCAGAGCCCGCCACCGAAGAAGCGCAACUGCACGAUGGUGUUCACGCUCAAGGAGAUGGAGGAGGCGACCAACAUGUUCAGCGACCGGAACCUUGUCGGCAAGGGCGGCUUCGGCCGGGUUUACAGAGGCUUGCUGAAGGAUGGCCAGAUUGUCGCCAUCAAGAAGAUGGACCUGCCUACUUCCAAGCACGCCGACGGCGAGCGCGAGUUCCGGGUGGAGAUCGACAUUCUGAGCAGACUGGACCACCCCAAUCUGGUCACGCUGAUCGGCUACUGCGCUGACGGAAAGCACCGGUUCGUGGUCUACGAGUUCAUGCCCAAAGGGAACCUUCAGGACAUCCUCGAUGGCAUUGGGGAGGUGAAGAUGGACUGGCCGCUGCGCCUGAGGAUCGCGCUCGGCGCAGCGAGAGGGCUCGCCUACCUGCACUCCAGCACGGCCGUCGGCGUCCCCGUCGUCCACCGGGACUUCAAGUCCAGCAACAUCCUCCUGACCGAACACUUCGAGGCAAAGAUCUCGGACUUUGGCCUCGCCAAGCUGAUGCCGCAGGACCUGGACCUGCACACGACCACCAGGGUGCUGGGCACGUUCGGCUACUUCGACCCUGAAUACGCAUUGACAGGGAAGUUGACGCUGCAGAGCGACGUGUACGCCUUCGGCGUCGUCCUCCUGGAGCUGCUCACGGGCCGCCGCGCCAUCGACCUGAGCCAGGGGCCCCAGGACCAGAACCUCAUCGUCAGGAUCCACCAGGUGGUGGGCGACCGGAAGAAGCUGCGCAAGGUGGUGGACCGGGACAUGGCCAAGGGCUCGUACACGGUGGAGUCGGUGUCCAUGUUCGCCGCGCUCGCCGCGCGGUGCGUCUGCUUCGAGAGCGCCGGCCGUCCGUCCAUGCAGGACUGCGUCAAGGAGCUCCAGCUCAUCAUGUACGCCAACAUGAAGAUCUGAGUCGGAUUUGGAGGGAGGCAUGCACGCAUGGGUUUUGAGAUGGGGUGCAACUGCUGGAUUGCAAUUGCAAAUGCAACUUUUGUCAAAGAGGAUGAUCUCAUGAUCACGAUGCCUGUACAGGAUUAUAGUAACUUCUCAUUGCCAUAGGAAUGCUCUUCGAUCUACAAAGAGCAAAGGUUUUCUAAAUUUUUGUGGCGCCACAACUGUUCAAUUAAAGCCUUGAAAAAGAGGGGCCAAGCGAUGUAAAGAUUUCUGAGAAAUUUGGUGUGUCGUCCAUGAUCGACGGCACUGUUCUCCGGAGUCUCAAUUUGUCGUAAGAAUUAAGAUGGCACGGACGCACGUUACGAUUGUAAUGCGAGGUUACUCGUUUAAUAACUGCGUCAAUAAAUGGUGCUU